AUGCCCAUAUUUCAUGAUCCCCAUGAUAGUCCGCCGACAUCGUCAUUCUUGCCUCAGGCAUCGGUCACAGGCUUUCAGAGAGCAGACACUUCGGAAUUCGCUGUAGAGAGAAGUCUGGAAUCCGCCAUGCAAUCAGAACCAUCGAAAACCGACAUGUCCCUGGAUAGGGACCCUGAGUCCCCUAGUCAAACGCGCAAGCCAUUUAUGUUCGGACGGAAGGAGUGGAUCGAGAGGAUCAAGAGGACGAAUAGCCCAUCGUGGCUGCAGCGGCAGGGUGGCGAAGUCAUGACUGAAUGCGAUGCCUCCACCCGACCGACAUCGCAAGACCGUCCGGACACACCUCUAGUCUCGUCCACCGAGCCGCAAACCUCACGAAUCUCUACCCCGGAACACCUUCGAGAUCCUGCAGCCGUUGGCCUGGAUAUCGAACGCCCGCGAUCCGCGUUACACUCCGGAGACUUCAGAGAGAAGAGAGCAGGCGCAACAUCUGAGAAUGACCAUUCGUCUUCAGGCUUCCUAGCAACUUCGCCAGUUGUCCCUUGGAAUCGCUCAUUCCCAACCUCAGUCUUUGCCCCACAACACAAAGACGUCUCGUAUCCGGGAUCGCGCAUCGAUGACAAUCGUACAGCUGCACGAGCACGGGCGAUAUCGCAGUCAUCACAGUCACCGUUCAGUUCGUUCGCCUUCCUACCACCCACAAGCCCGCUUGUCCAGCAGGCAAAUAACACAGACUUGGACUUCUCCUCAACCCCAAGCUCGCGGCAGGGAUCUCGAAGUCCUGAUAGAGACCAUCGCCGACAUACAUACUCUCCUGCAUCCUUUGGUAAUUACAAGCCCACCCAGAUGGCGCGAUCUGCGACUGGCACUCCAGCUGCUCGGCAUCUACGCCAUAGUAGUUCGAUACCAUACCAGGCACAUCAACCUCGACGAUCGAUGACGUUCAAUCAGUCUGAGCCUCAUUCUCAUUCGCAAACGCCGUUCCUCCAUGCACGGCGCCCCUCCUUCUCGUCGGAGGCAUCUCCAUUGCAGCACGCUCCCAUGGUUGGGUCUUACGAGGAGUCGAUACUACGGGGGCGCAUGUCUACUACACCAUCACGGCCUCUCGACUUCGUCGCUAAAAUUGGAGUACUUGGCAGAGGGCAAUGCAAAUCAAGCCUUAAAUGUCCACCUCAUGUCACGGUACCCUUUCCAGCAGUCUUCUACAGCUAUAACACAGGCAACGGUAGGAUUUCAGACAAUGAGCCGAGUCCCUAUGUUGGGCAUAUUGAUCUAGAAAAUUCAUUGCCACCGCCAGAUGAAAGCAGUGAGAGUGGUAGACGUAAGCGACGACAUGUUGUACCUGCCCCUGAUCAAGACGAUCUCGAUUUCAGGAUAAACCUUGGAGAAGAGGAGAAUGGUCAAGGUGCAAGAGGAGACCUUCGUCGGAAAGAGAAGAAAAAGCGACGAUCAACAUCACCCAAGGCGCCUCCCGGGGGCUCUUAUCGUAUCCCGCCACAAGGUCAGCUCCAGAUCGUGUUAAAGAAUCCAAACAAGACAGCAGUCAAGCUUUUCCUAGUUCCGUACGAUUUGUCGGAUAUGGAACCUGGCCAGAAAACUUUCAUUAGACAGCGUAGCUACUCUGCAGGGCCUAUUAUCGAUAUGCCCGCAUCAUCACGAAAGAAUCUGGGCACCGACCGUCCAGAAGCUGCUAUCAGCAAUUCAGAUGACCCAAACGACCGGCCAAUUCUGCGUUACCUAAUCCACCUACACAUAUGUUGUCCUUCAAAAGGUCGCUACUAUCUGUACAAAAGCAUACGAGUCGUUUUUGCGAAUCGAGUACCGGACGGCAAAGAAAAGCUCCGAAACGAGAUCCAGCAACCGGAGCCCAGAUAUAGCACGUACAAACCGAUGCGAGAAGCAACGUCAUUGCAAAAGGCACAGUCAACUGGAUCCCAGCUUACCACGGACCGAGCUUUCCGUCGGCGCAGCGCUGGAUGGCCACUCUCGCAGUCUCAGCAAGCAUACGGACAGCUGGAUGGCCUGAAGCAACACACACCACUACCUCCCCCAGCUGUCAAAUUCACCGGUGGCACCACCAAUUCCUCAGCAUCGAGCGGCUUCAGCUCGCCUGUACCAGAAUUGCAACCCAUACCUUUUAGCCUUGGUCGCCUUGCUGCGAUCGAUUCGCGGCCUGUUUCCCGUGACCGCAUGGAUGUUGAUCCGAAGAGCCCAUUCAGAACGCCUAUAACAUCACCGCGAGCUGGCGUAAGUAGUUUGAAUAAUCGGAGCGACGGCACUUUUGAGAAACUGAGCAAAGGCGAUGUCGGCUAUGGCGGGAAUGCAUUCUCGCCACUUGGUAGCCCCUCUGGUCCGCCCAACGCAGGUCUCCUGUCGCAGCGACUCCGCGGUUUGGAUGUCCAGCGCAACGAGGAAGACAUUGCGCCUAAUUCGCCAACCGCAAAUGCUUUGAAGAGCAGAUACGUAGUCGUAGAAAGCGCAGGGAGACUACAGGCUAUCCAGGCGCAGAAGAGGUGGCACUCUCAAGCGCCAAAUGACUUGAAGCAGAACAAACUUUACCAGUUCGACGACGUCCUGCACAUCCUCGAAGCCCCAUCAGACUCACGCCUUCUCAUCGACGUCCGCGAACCCCAUGAAUUCGAGAAAGACACUAUCCCCACCUCCAUAAACAUCCCCGUCACAUCACAGCCCGAUGCGCUGCUACUAGAUGAAGAAGAAUUCCAGGAUAGGUUUGGUUUUCAGAAACCACCGAAAGGGAAGGAGGUUGUCUUCUUUUGCAAAGCCGGAGUGAGGAGCUCGGCAGCUGCGGGGAUUGCAAGGCAGGCUGGAUAUAUAAACAUCGGCGAGUACCGUGGAUCCUGGCUCGACUGGCAGAAGCGCGGCGGACCGGGCACAAAGUCCCCAUCAAAGCCUGAUGGCAUGGGUGAACCUAAAGCCCCUACAACCGAAACAAAGCCUACAGCUAGGACGGGCGACAGUGGGGAAGAGGACCUUGGGCCUCAGGGACAGCCACCAUAUCCACCAGGGCCCAUAGGCCGGCAGUAG